ACUGAAUCGUUUCCAAAAAAUGUUGACCGUUUAUCAAUUAUCCUUCAUCAAGAGGAUAAUAAAUAACAGAUCGAAACAAAAACGAUAAUUGGCGAGUAUGACCGAAAUUACCUAAUUCUCGAAAGCGAAAUAAUUAUAUCAGAAAACGAGUUAAUUAAAAAAAACAAUGGACCGUCGACCGGAGCGACGUACACAAAGUCGAUCUUCGUCUCGCGUUUGGGCAUUCGUGCUUCAUUUUCUCAGUAUCCUCGCUGGUCGUUAGGCGAAGAAAACUGAAGAUUGCGGCAGACAUCGUCGAGCUGUACGCAACACGGGUACCGUGAGAACCGACUUGGCUAAAUCGACUCUGCACUUUUAAUGGCAAGUUUUGAAAUGAUGUGAAGUGGUUUUGGUGAUAUGGAGACUUUCAAUUGUGUUCCUAACAUCACUAAAUCCAAAAUCAGACCGCACUUGACCGGGAAUUUUUACCACAAUGUAUCCAGAGGUAUCAGGCCAAUUGGGAAUGACUAUGCAAUCCAAAAUUGCACUGGGCGUCGUUCAACCUCGUCCCUUACACUUACUUAUCCAUGGCAGGAGAGACCUCCGCCGACGCCGGUGUCAUGCGUUGGAAUCGAAUACAAAUCUUCAAAAGGGAAGCUGUGUUCUAUAGCGUUAGCUGUAGCUUCGUUCGUAGUAUUAGUAGCUGUAUUAGCGAUCGCUGGGUUAGCUCUGUAUAUGGGUGUCCUGCAUACAGAAACCCCUAAUGUACCUCUCACGUUUAGCUGUAGCGCCAAAAUUGUAAAAGGAGAUAGAUUUAUAGGAGCUCUGCAAGAGAAGGCUCGUAGAUAUAAAAGGAGUUUUGAAGCCAUGUACCAAAGAAGUGUUUUGGGACAUGCAUUCGUAUCUUGUAUAAUCGAAAAAUUCGGAAACGACACCCUUACGGUGUACUUUAAAUUAUUAUUUAAUCGUUUAAAAAUAACUAAGAAUGUGCCAAAUAUUGAAAAAGUUAUUAAAGACAUUUUAAUAACAGAUGCGAUUUCGAGGCAUCCUAUUUUUAAAAACAUUCGAUUCGAUCCUAGGCAAAUAACGGUGAAACAAGCAUUAAAUAACGAUGCUAUUCAACACAUUAAUCCCAGUUCUUCGCUGAUAAUUCCUUCAAAUCACUCUUCCACGGUUUCUUCAAAAAACGUCAUUUUAAAAUCCUUUAACAAAACAUCUCCAGUUUUAACCAUUCCUACAAAAAAACCCAUUGUUGAAGAAACGGAUAUAGCUAAAGAAGACGUUCUACCAGUUGUUCAAGGAUCUUUUAAAAUAAGUAAAACCGACGCUGAUAUUACAGAAAAAAAGACUGAUCAUUCCACAAAUAAACCCAGGCCAACCGAAAAAACGACGCAAGCAACCUACACGAAAAAGAGCACCUUUAGAGAUUCUUCAGUUACAAGUGCGUUGUACAAAAUUGCAGCAGUAGAGAAAGUUACCAAAAACGAAGAUGUCGAAAUUUAUUCAUCCACGAAGCCAACUACAACUACACCUUCAACUACCACAAAAAAACUCACUACCAUUUUCACUACGUCUAGAAUUACAACUACAACUGAACAAUCUACCAAGCCCGUAUUUUUGAUCAAUCCAUUCGAUGAAGCUCCGUGGGUUCCAAUACUUCCAAAUGCUUCACCCGAUAAACAAUUUAAGCCGGUAUUAAACAAUCACUAUUAUUUAAACCCGACUGUACCUACUGCAACAGGUGAUCAUCCUAUUUACACCAGUUUUGUAAAUCCUGGAUUAUCCUACAAUUUUAGGGAGGCUGAAUUAUUGGGUACAACUAGCCUCAAAAGUCAUCCAAUUCCAGUUAAUAAAAUUCCUACCACACAAUCUGUAACUUACCCCACACAGAACCAACAGGAUCGUUUGCCAACAAAUCUGCCAGAUACUUCCACAGAACCUUUUAAAGAGAAACCUAUGGAACCUAUAACACCAAAAUUAGAGACUUCGGAAUUCGUAGAAAUAGAAACAUUUAAAUACGUUCCAAACAAGAAAACCGAAGAAAAUUCUGAUAACAGAGAUCAGUUGUUGCGUAAUAUUUCUUCAAUAUUUCACACGCUUACUUCAUCGUUGGACACUUCCAACUUAAGCAUAAGUUUAGUGGAUUUUGGCAGCAGCACGGCGAAACCCAAAGAAGAACCAGUUUCUGGACAAGGUCAAGUGGAAGUCGUUGAUGAUGAAGAUGAACUAAUACAACAAACAACAAAACAUUCUUUAGUUACUUUACUUCCAGUUAAGUCGAACUCCGGGAUAGGAAGGCCAAUAAGAAAGCGGCCUUAUCACUCAGUAGAAGCUAACGCAUCUUUGGAGAACCGUAGUUUUCCCACCAGUUCAUUUUUCACCAAUGUUAUCAACUCUACUAAAAAUAUUAACGAAGACUUUAAAGUAAUGGGAAUUUUGAAUUUCGCUACCGAAGAGUCUGUCGAUUUACUUAGGUAUCCCAAGAUGGACGAAACAACAACCAGUUACUCCAAAUUGAAGCAGCCUAAUGGUCAUUUAAGCAAUUCAUCUCAUUCCGCCGAAACUAACAUUUCUAACAUAUUGACCGCUGAAGAAAUUAAACAAUUAGCAGAAAUAAGUAAAAUAACAAAUAACGCUAGUAUAUUUCAACCGGAAACACUUAUAUCGAACAAAGCGGUAUCGGCUAGUUAUUCAAAUCUAAACGGAUUGUCAGUAUUGACGAAAUCUUUGAAUAAAAUCAAUGUUUCUUCUAAUGACACUUCAUUAAAAGGAAAUACAUCAGAUUGCACAAAUGCUUCUGUUUUUUGCGGUGACGGUACGUGCUUACCGGAAACAGCAAAAUGCAACCAAUUAAUAGAUUGUAAUGAUGGAGCUGAUGAGGAUAAUUGCAAUUGCGCCGAUUACUUGAAAUCUCAAUACUUGUUGGGAAAAAUUUGCGACGGAGUGGUCGAUUGUUGGGAUUACUCCGACGAGAAUCACUGCGAAUGGUGUCAACCUGAUCAGUAUGUUUGCAGUAAUUCAAAGGUUUGUAUAAACAAAGAUAAAAUAUGCGAUGGAUUCAAGGAUUGCCCGCAAGGGGACGAUGAAAGGCAGUGUGUUACUAUUUCUUCUGACGUAGAAUCAGCUGAUAAAUUUCCUUAUUAUUCAGGAGGUUAUCUGAUGGUGAGAAAAUAUGGAAAAUGGGGAAAAUUGUGCAUUGAUAAUUUUGAAUCAGUCGUCAAUUCAACUCGUAUAGCAUGGCAAAUUCCAGAUCUAGGACAAGCCGUGUGCAAAUCAAUGACAUACCAAAGCAUGUCUUCGAUACGAACUGUAAUUGAAAACCAAAGCGACAAAAACACUUCGGAAUAUUUCGAAUUAGCGCUAUCAAUUCAAAACCAGAAGAAAUCGAGCUUAUCGUUUAAGAAAUCGAAUUGCACUGAUAAAAAGAUUAUUAAAGUUGAAUGCCAGUCGCUGGAAUGUGGAGCCAGACCUCAAGUUGUUAAGCACAUAGCGAGAGUCGUUGGUGGUGGAAACGCUGGAUUGGGAUCGUGGCCUUGGCAAGCAGCCCUUUAUAAAGAAGGUGAGUUCCAAUGUGGCGCAACAUUGCUAUCAGAUCAAUGGCUUGUAUCAGCUGGACAUUGUUUUUACCAUUCUCAGGACGAAUAUUGGGUGGCAAGGUUGGGAGCGUUGAGACGUGGAACUUCAAUGCCCUCACCUUAUGAACAAUUACAGCCAGUAGUAAAGAUAAUAGUACACCCAGGUUACAUAGAUUCAGGUUUUAUCAACGAUAUUUCAUUGUUAAAAUUAAAAUCACCUGUAAUAUUUAGCGAUUACGUAAGACCAGUUUGUUUGCCCCAACCUAACCAAGUGCCUGCCGAUGGAAAAUUAUGCACUGUCGUUGGUUGGGGGCAAUUGUUUGAGGUUGGAAGGAUUUUUCCGGAUACUCUCCAAGAAGUACAAGUUCCAGUUAUUUCUACGUCAGAAUGCAGAAAAAGAACAUUAUUUUUAUCAUUAUAUCGCAUAACAGAAGAUAUGUUUUGCGCUGGUUACGAAAGAGGCGGCAGAGACGCUUGUCUUGGAGAUUCAGGAGGGCCGCUUAUGUGCUUAGAAUCCAACGGCAGAUGGAUACUGCAAGGUGUAACAAGCAACGGAUAUGGUUGUGCAAGAGCCAACAGACCUGGCAUAUACACAAAAGUAGCAAAUUACGUUGAAUGGAUCAAAUUUAUUAUUAACAAUGAUCAAUUAAACGCCGAAAAUGAAAUAUUAAAAGACCCUUGCACUGGCCAUAGAUGCCCUUUGGGAGAGUGCCUACCUGAAAGUAGGUUGUGCAACGGUUUCAUCGAGUGCAGCGAUGGAAGCGACGAAAGGAACUGCACCACUGAAAAAACUGAACCACUUUAAUUUACAAAUUGAUAUUUUUUAACAGAAGAGACUCGAAAUUUUUAGUGUGAUAAUUAAUUUUAUUGUAUUUAUGUAAAUAGUAGUUAAUGUGCCUCUUGAUAAUUUAAAUUUAGUUCAUAUCAUAGAAAUGCGUUCA